AUGAAGAACAGUGAGAUGAGACCUCCAGGAACAGCACCAUUACCAGAAGCCCAUAAGGCUGAACAAGAAAAGAAAGAUCCCAAAGAAAGCAACCACGUCUAUAAUGAGAGAAGAACACACGGCAGAGGCCGUGGUGGAUACAAGGGACGUGGUAGCCGUGACAAUUACACAUAUGGCCGUGGAUAUGGAAACCACAAUAACCAUGGUCGUGGUCCCAACUAUGGCUGUGGAAGAGCCACUUUUGGCCCAAGUCGAGGCGAGAGCCUUAAGGACAAGAACCCAGAAGCUCAUAUGGUUCACGACAAUGGGUAUGAUGCUGAUGAUUUCGACCACGAAAAGGAUGAUCUUAUGGAUCAUGAGACAUCAGAUUGUCUUAAAGACUAA